UGCUGUGUGUAUGGUGUGUGAGAGAGUUGUUACUCUUUCUCUCUCUAUGUAUGAUACAUUAUGACGAAAAUGUGUGCUGUGCCGAAUUGCGAAAAUCAUACGUUAUUCUUAACGGCCGAUCAGUGAAUCGUGUGUCCAACAGAGAGUCACCGUGCUUCAUUACUGCAAACUAAAAAAACUGUUUCUCGCAAAUUCAAAACAAAAGAACAUUAAAAAUAAAUGUGACAAAGCGAGAAAGAUAGUUAGUGAGUGGUCAAGCAAACAAAAGGGAAACUGUACAAGGGGAAACGAGUCGAAUAGAGAAGCAAACACAUCACACAGGGAAAAAAGACCAGUUGAUUCGGUCGUUUUAGUUUCGUGCCACGAAUUCAAACACUCCGUUUUUCAGUGUGCAAGGGUCAACAUAUCCGUCAAAAUUAAUCAACCGUUAAAAAAAAAUUAUUCCUUCACGUUCACUGGACGACGUCGUUUUCUCUCUCAAUGCAUGUGUAUUGAGUGCAUACAAAACAAACAACGAAACAGUUUAUUCUUCACUUUUGUCACAAUAAAACCAUUUUGAAAGUGACUUUUUAUAUGACUGUGAUUCAUUUGGUCGUGGAUGAAAACUCGAUUACAGUGCCUGAAAGUGCUGUGCUUAAGUGAUUUUAGUGUUCGUUUCCAAUAAUAAUGAUCCGAAUCUGAUUAAAACGCAUUUUAAAUCUAAGCAAAAAAGGAAUAAUCCAAUUAUUAUGUCGAACAAAUGUGAAAAUAGCGAAUGCAUUUGAAAUUGUAACGAGUGUGAUUGAAAAGAAAUUAAAAUGGUAAAAAAAAUGGAUAACGGUGACCAAACCAAAACAACAGAAAAUCCGCCAGCACCUGAUCAAACGGAAUCGAAUAAGACGACAAUCGAAGAGACAGCAUCAGCUUUAGUAGCAGAAGUAGUAGCCGAAGCAGAAGCGGCGGCAGCAACGGCAGUGGCAAACGAGCAACAUGAUAAUCAAUUAAUCACAUCCAAUGUCAAAGUGGAAAUUGAUACCGAUAUUUCGGCAACGAGUCCCAUAGCUACUGCCACUGACACAAUUUUUGUGAAAGAAAGCACUGACCCUGUGCCCGAUUCCGUCGAUUUGGAAACAAAGGUUAAAAAUAGUUCGUUGCCGACCGGAUCGAAGCAAGUCAAAUUUUUGGACGCGGCUACAAAUGAAAAUAGUGCGAAUGACGGUUUGUCUGACUUGGAUGCGGCCCUAGAUAAUUUAAAUGAUCAAGUGACGAGCCUGUUAGACGAAGCCAGCGCAUCGAAUGUGAAAAGCAAUUCACCAGAUGCCCCGCUUGAUGAAGCAUUGGCCACAUUGAACAGCGAAGUGUUAGGUUUAUUGAAGGAAUCCCGUAAAAUACAAGACGAACUGAAAAAGGUCAGCGACGCGAAAGAUCCAGACUUAAAGGGUGGCUCGAGGUGUGGAUCAAGUCAAGGCAUCGAUAAAAAGGGCGCAAAUCAAUACUUCGAUUACUCACUGUAUCGUGAACGGAGCCAGAGCCCACCACCACAUCCCCUGAUCACAUACAAGUGGGAAGACAUUCGGCGUGACAAAGAAAAGGACGUUGAUGAACGUACAAAGCGGCCAAUCUGUGUUCUGAAUCGAAGCGACAAACCCAUUGAAGAAGAAAAAGACGAGGUGGAGAAAGAAAAAGAACAAGUGGUUGAACAUUUGGAUCGAGCAGAAGCGGCAUCCAUUCAAAUUGAACAACAAACUCUGGAAGUGCCAACAUCAUUGUUCUCCGAUCCGAAUGCACCAACCGACGUUCUUUCGUUCAAUUUCGACAAUAUUGAUACACAGCGUGCGAUUGAUUCGUACAGUGUGAAAAGUUCGGUGAAAAAUUCAUCGUCCGGCAUUUUAGAGGUGUUGCAAGAUCUUGAAGCGGAAGCAGAACGUGAAAAAGAGCGCAAAAAACUGAACGCAUCAACAACACAAUCACAUCAAGAUUUAACGGAGUUCAAACCAAAAGAAGAAUCAAAACGUUUUGCUCUUCGAUCAUUGUUGACGCGCAGCCAUUCGGCACCGAAGAAAGUGCAGGUGGCAAAAACGCGGGCCGACGAUUUGGAUCAACGGGAAAAAUCACCACCGCAAGUCAAAUGUUGCCAUCCAAUUGUUGAGAAAUUGAAAACAAUGGCCGAUAAGCAAUUGCAUAAGAAAGGUUCGAAAAAAUCCAAAACCACCAUCAAAACGGAACAAUUGUCGGAUGAAAAGAAAAUCGUACUGGCCGAACAAACGCAAAUCAUACGGUUGAAGGGAUCACCAAAGGCUGAUCGCAAGAAUGUAGCCGCCUAUCUGGAGAAACGUGACAGCGAUGAGGUUGUGGAAAUCUUACAAUUGGACGAAUCGCCGAGCGAAUCACGAAAAAGACGUGAGGAAAUUCGAAAGGUGGAAGAACACGAAAAGGAGCAUGAGAAAGAGGAGCAAACGCAAAGUGAGAAUGAUGACAAAGGUUUUGUGGUACCGAAAAAUGUGACCGAACCAACGGAUACGGAGCCAACGGUGGAAGAGCUUCUCGAAGAAGAGUUUAAAAAUGAUCCGCCGAAAAAAGCGCCACGCAAAACCAAAGAGCACAUUUACGAAGAGAUUGAAGUGCCCGGUGCCAUAACACAUUUAAACGCACACAAACUGAAGAAGCCAGGAAAUCUCUUUGCGAGUGCGGUACUACAUUCGGUUUUGAAUAAGGAGGAAUUCAAAGACGGACUGCAGAAACAAAAUGAAAUUGAAGAAGCCGAGGAAGCUGAGUUGGGACGAAUCGAAGAGGAUCAACGGAAAAAAGUUGAAGGGAUCAAAUUGGAAGAAGCUGACGAGUCAACGCAGAAAGAAUUGGCUAUAUCACAGGCGGAUAGUUCAAAAAACGCGACCAAACCGAUUCCCGAAGAAAUAAUCGAUUUGAAAGCAGCCGAAGAAAUUCAAACGAUCGAAACACAACAUCUCGAAGAAGUGCAAGAGCAAAACGAAAGUGACGCAUUUCCAAUAUCUGAAAUUCAAAUUAAAAUCGACGAAAGUGCUGAUGUUGAAAAAGUAGCGGUUGAAUCGGGCGAAUGUCCAUCACAGUCGAAGGAAAGUAAAAAAUGCGAUGGGAGGAAAGACGUCCUGGUGAAGGAAGAGAAAAAGGUGAAAUUUUCACAAUCGACGGAGGAAAGAUAUCAAGAAAAGUUAGCCGCCGAAAAAGGUCCCGACAAAGAGGAUGUUGAGCUACCGGAGCAUAUCAAAGUAUCCAAUCGUUGGUCUAACAUGAGCGAUCACGAAUAUGAGCCAAUCGGUGAACCGGUUGCCACCACAAAACCAGAACAAAGCUUUGAACGACCCGUUGUAAAAAUUACCGAACCUGAAUCACCCAUCACCGAACCACCACAAUCCGAUAUCAUUGUGCACGAGGAGCGCAUUAGCUUCGAUGGAACAGAGAGUCCAAUACGAUCGAUUACCCCAUACACCGAUAAUUCACGCACCGAAGACGUGCACACCAGCCAAAUUGAUGAUAGUGUCAUUGAAGAGUUGCCGCUGCGGCGUGAGGAUCGCAAAAAGAAAUCAUUUAUGACGAAUGCCGGCGAGACGACCAAGAAUUUACAGAGUAAAAUUUCCUCGAAAGCAUCAAACUUACGAACGAAAUUCAAACGUAGUUUGAAGUCAAGCGGUGGCAGUGGCGGCGGCGCUGGUAGUAGUCAAAAAUCGAGUGGCUCAAACUUGAAAUCAAGUUUGAAAUCCAGUCCGAAAACAUCACAAACCAGCCCCAAAGAGCGUAAAAAAUUCAAACGUAUCGAUUUUACCAAUAAAUUUAAAUCGAUUCAUAUGCCAAAAGUGUCGAGACCCGAAUUGCCCAAAUUCAAAAUGCCCGACAAAUUUAAAAUGUCACGCAGCGAAGCUCAAGCGACAGAUGCCCCAGUUACAACAACCACAGUUACAACCGAGGCAAGCGUCGAUGAACCGAGUGCAUUGGGCACAGCAGAUGGCACACCAACUGUAGUUAGUGUGGUGACGACAGAAGAAAUAAUUGAAACGAAAGUCGUACCGAAAAAACGCUUCGAAUUUGGCUCGUAUCCAAAGAUUUUCAAUCGCUUCAAAUCACAGCAACCAACGAAAUCCGAUGAACUGCCACAUGAUGUAACCGAUUUUGUGAGCGAAGACACCGAACGUGACACGGCCACACAGGCAUCAUCGUCUAGUUUUUCAACACAUUUUGCCACCGUACCGCGAACAGCAUCAAAAAUUAAGAACUCCCUGAUUUCCAAAUGGAAUAAGACAUCGUUUUCGCGAAGCGCCGAUCGUGAAGAUAGUGAAAGUAUUCCGCAGUCCGGAUCGCUUCCACGUCAUCAUAAUGAUGUGCACGAGGAUUCGGUUGAGCGUCGCAUUCGAUUGGCAUCGAAAAUGUCAAUGGAAGAUGAAGAAGAGCCGCUUGGCAUUUUGCAAACCAAAGAACAAAUCCAAUUGGCCAGUUAUGAUGAGGAGAAUCGUGCAAUUCAUGAAAUUUCACGGGCACGCGAACAUGAGUUUAAGGCAAGAAAACCGCUAACGCAUCAAGAUUCAGACAUAAUAUCGGAUGAGAGUAUUCGAGACAUUGAUUGGGAAGAAUGUGAGCGGAUGCGUAACAAAAUCAUGGGCGCACAACGCACCUUUGAAUAUGAGGAUGAUGUGCCAAAGAGAGAUUCACGGGGUCGACGCCUUCGAAACGAUUCGAACUUUUCCACCGAAGAAACACAGUCGUCGGGCAGCUCAGGCGAUCGGCGACGCACUGGUGUCAUUGAAGACAUCGACGAUGACGAAUUCUUCUUGCGACAACGUGGCGUUUCACAGGAUAAUGCCGAGAUCAGCAAGUACAUCAGCUCGGCCAUUCGUGAAGGCCAUGCAAGCUAUCCGUAUGACGAAAAUAACGCUGAUUUUCCAGACGAAGAAUAUCAGGACUUCACUGAACGGCCACGUAAACCAUUGCGACGACGAGCUGGUGGUUUCAAUCGAAGCUACGAAUCGUACGAUGACUAUCAUGACAAUGUUUCGGAUCAUGAAAUUCCCGUUGCAACACAAUAUUUUCCACGACACGAUGAUGAAAACAUUUUAUUCUAUGAUAAUGAUUUCGUCGACGAUAUGGAUCAUCCGAAUAUUUUGAGCCGCGAAGAGCACUUCGACUCGGAUAUUGAUAAUGAAGAACAUCCGGCAGUCAAACCGAAAGUGCCCAAGAGACGUCACAAGGGACGAGCUCCAACCAAACAGGACUCUAUUGAAGCUAACGAAGAGGUAUUGGUCUAUCGAAGUGAGCCAUCGUUCACGGUGCCAAUUGAUGAACCUUCUGACACUCACUUCAUUGUAAAACCCGUACGCAAAAAUCGAUCCAUUUCUUCAAAAUCAGACCUGGCGCCUGAUAACCAAGAGCCACUUGAUCGCGAACCGGAAACAAUCGAAAAAUACUCACCGAGUAACAGUCGAUACACCAUUGAUAUCAAAGAGACAAAUGGAUAUGCAACGGUGAAAAAGGAUCCACCUGCUCGGCCACCAGCACCGGCUCGUCGCCACAAACGUUCAACCAAAUCACAUGGUGGUGAUUCAUUGCAACCAGAUACAUCAAGGUCAAUUUUUAAAGAUUCACCAUUUCCAGAGCGACAAAAACGUAGCUUUAACGCACCAUCACGGCCGCCACGGAGAGGUUCAAGCUCGAGUUUGGUAGACCAGCACAAACCGCCAUCAAUUGCUCCAUCGGAUGGUACACAGUACGAGGAAAUUGACGAUGAUUUGAAUGAUGACGAAGAAAAUGAAUUUUAUCCACAUAAAAUGCAUAAUCGUCCAUUGCCACCGCCGCCACGACCACCAAGGGACAAAAGACGGCGAAAUAAAUCGAAUAUCGAUAAGAAAUUCGAUGAUAACGAUGAUGAUGCUGAGCAAAUUGUUGCUGGAUCAUUUGAUGAUUCCGAAUUUUCGACACGUGAAUUCGUUGGAGCUGAGAUGGCAACGCAAACCUCGAUGGAUAUUGAUGAUUUGUAUUUGAACGAUGAUGUACCAAUCGAAGAUAUUUCUACCGAACAAUGCACGCGAACGGUUGAGGAAAUUCUGCGAAGCAGCGAUGAACAACCGACCCAAAAAACAUUUCGAACGAGCAAUGAUAAUUUGGCGAAAGGGAUUCAAAAAUUCAGAGAAUCGAAUCAACGAUCGUAUUCAGAGCGAUCGCGUGCAUCAACGGAAAGGCAAUCAAGUCGGCCAAUAACCCCAUCUGCAUUGGUGAUUGAACAGCGAAUUACUCGAUCACCGGUUGAAAUGGAUGCCACUUUAAUUAUGCAACCAGUGGAUGAUCCACCGAAAGUUGAUUAUCGAACCGAUUCAGCAGAGAGUGAGUAUGUUCCAUACGCUGAUGACGUUGACGAUACACAUCUCGACACGGAAGACGAACGUAUAAUUAAUGCGGCUAUUCGACGAUAUCAAAUGCUAGGUAAUGAAUUAGAUGAACACAGUGCGACGCCAAGAGGAACAACACCAAAAGCAACAGAGGAUGAAAAUAAUUUGGAUGUUCGAACGAAAUCAACAAUCGAAGCACCACAACCGCCCCCAAGGAGAAAGUCUUCAGCAAACGCCACUCAAAUCACAGACACAAUCAAUGUCCCAUUGGCCGAACCCGAAACACUGUCAGUAGCAUCGACACAGGACCUGAAUCGAUACACACCCGAACCAGUUAAUGAUUUAUCCAGCGAAAACGUUGAACCAACACAUGCACAAGUUGAUUCAUUGACCGUGGUGAAUAUUCAAUCGACUGAAAGUGAAACCAACGAGAAACCAGAAACCAAACCAAUUGUUAGCAAUUUACAAAUCACACCGGAAGUCAUGCAAGUGAUUAUUGAACGCGUACGCGAAACGUUACCGGUUCAACCACCUGUUUCAGCACAACCAGCACUAGAGUCGGUUGAAAGCGAGCCAAAGCUUCAGGAAGAAAUCAUGAAAAAGGUUAUUACCGAAACAGAAACCGAAGCCAAAGAGAAAGCAAGUGAGGAGCCAAAAGAAAGUGAAGAGCCACCAAAGAGACCGCCAACACCGACUGACUACACGCCAACAUCCGAAAUUCCAGCUUCAUUCUAUCGACUACGCACCGGCAUUUCAGACGACGAAUCAUCAUUACCGCCUUCAGCAGUGCCAAAACAUAGGCCACGCAAACAUGCCCGCCGCCCCGAAUCAUCCUCCGACGAAGAAUGCAACCGUCGACACCAUCAUCAUCCACACCACAGCCAACAAUCAUCACGAAGUCAAGAUCUUUCGAUUGCCGACCUCAGUGGACAAUUGAUUCGAGCUUGUGGUCGUGCUCUCAGCUCGUCACUCAACACUGCUGGCCAUUCGCUCGUCGAUUUCCUUCGGAGUCUGACCAAAAAUCAGGAUGACCAACAAAAAGACCUUAGUUUAGUUUUGGUAAUUUUAAUCAUAAUCGUGGCAAGUCUAAUGAUGCUCGGUAUCAGCGGAGAUCGAUCAGUGCAUCAUCAUCAUUGGGACUACUUCAAUCCACCAGACAACCUUGGCAGACGCUAAAUAGCUCGCUUUGUUCCGUUUCUAUUUUAUUUUUCAUCGCACAAUCGAAUUCAAAAUCUUUAAUUGAUAAUAAUUGCGCCCCCAGAGAAACCAGAUGCUAGCGAUAUAGAAAAUAGAUUAAAUCAUUUUCAUUCAUUUAUAUAUUCACACAUUGUAAAUGGUUAUACUCUAAUUGCAAAGAAGAAAAGAAAACAACAAAGCAAAUAACGUUCAUGUUCAAAUACACAUACACACGCACCCAUUGUUUCUCAUUGGUUCAUUGAAAAUGUUGCAUUUUUUUGUUCAAACGAUUGAAGUCGAUUUUGGCAAUAACGUCAUUCUACUACUACUACUAAAUUCAUCAUUCAUGGACGAACAUUUUGACAUACAUAUACUUAUUUUUUUUUUCUUCUUUUUUUGGUUUGGUUUUUGAAAAUCGAAAAAUUCUCUACGACAAAAAAAAUGUUAAUAAUAAAAACACUUAAUGCACUCUGUUCUUUUUUUUCAAAUUGAAUAAAAAUUAAAAAUGAAAAA